AUGCCCCGAGGGAAGAAACCCCUAUGGGACCGCCUAUUCAUCAGUCGAUGGCAAAAUAUUCUUGCCAAAGGCCUCUCAAAAGAACUAAAGGAAAGUCUAACUAAAGAAUAUCUGAUUCCUAAUAAUUGUGAUCUUUUGAUGGCCCCGACUCUCAACCCGGAAGUUAGGGUGGCUUUACCUGACCCCCUAGUAAAAAGAGACACGUCACUACUUUACAAGCAAAAACAACUGGGUAUUGCCUUGUCCGCUUUAGCUUCAGUAACUGAAAUGGUCCUUGCAAACGAGACUUCAAAACAAAAACUAUUGAAACCUCUCAGUGAUGCUUGCCGCAUUCUCUGCGACAGCCACUUUACAGAGACAAGAACUCGCAGGGGUUUCAUUAUAUCGUCUAUUAACGCAAAAUUAAAACAGACUCUGAUCGACUCCAAUAGGGAUAAGCUGCUGUUUGGAGAAAAUGUUUCAGAAAAAUUGAAGGCAGCAAAAACUAUUCAGCAGUCUGGCGAAGCAUUAAAGAAUAAUCCCCCUAAACCCAGAUAUAAUCGUCCGAAUUUUCAGUCAACAAUUGCAAAUAGGGGUAAUUUAAACUUCGUGCCCCAACACCGCAAGACGGACACGAAGACCAACAACCGUCGAGCCCCUGCUUACUCGCAGAGGCAGAUGUCACACAACAACAGCACGCGACGCCACAACGGCAACGAUCGCGAUCGCGACCGCGCACCGCCGACGUCGAGGACAGCGGGUGGACAUCACCGGAAGUAGUUGAUCAGGUACAAUAUGCUGGCAGACUACAAUAUUUUCAUGACAAGUGGUCUGAAAUUACUGAUGAUAAUAUGAUCUUGUCUUGGAUUAAAGGAUACACUAUCCCUUUUAAAACGACUCCCUAUCGAACAGACAACCCUAGUGUUUGUCCUAAAACUAAACAAGAAAAAAUUGAUUUUGAUCACUGUAUUAAAAAACUACUUAAGAUUAACGCUAUAUCUCACUGCAAUCAUGAACCUGGCGAAUUCCUUUCUUCAGUCUUUUUAGUGCCAAAA